AUAAAAAUAAGGUUAGUAAGAAAAUAAACAAAAAAGGUGUGAAAAUGCAUAUUAGUUUUAGCCGUAAAGCGAAACAUUCAAAUUAAGCGAAGCGAAAAGAUUUCGAGAUCCUCAAAUGUUUAUCAAUUGAAAUCGGAAAGGAGAAUGUUAAAGAUGAGACUCUACCACAUCCUUGUGAUGUCCUGCUUGCUGCUAGUCAUUCAGACCAACAUUUCGCGAGCUAGUAGAACAGCUCUGCGAGGGCAUCACCGGAGCUUGGUAAAACCAAAGCAUCCUUUCAUUAAUGUCAGAACCAACCUAACUGCAGGGGCAACAGAAGUAGGAACGGCAACGACAGUGGCAACCGCAUCAAACCACCUUAAAUUGGGAGCUCUCACGGAAAAGAUGUAUAACCACUGCCAAGACAUAUUCAAGGAAAAGAAUUUGGUUAGCCACGUGAUUCGUGGCAUGAUCGGAGGAAUUUUGGAUCGCCUCAACGAGGUGUGUCUGGACAAGCCCAUCCACCCAAUGAUCCACAGGAUCUUUACGGAAAUACUUUUAUGCGGAGGAAGCCUGUCGGAUGCCGUGGACAGCAUAACUGACAUUAUAUUUGGCAAUUUUGAAAGAAAGUGCAGGGAUAGAAUUGGCUUCCGUAGUGUCUAUGUGUUAACCAGUGCUGAGAAUGAAGUAAUGGAGACGAAGCAUAUAAAAUAAAAGAGCAAUUUGCAUUGCGAGAAUAUAUAAUAAUAA